GGAAGGAAGGAAGUCUAGAUCCCAAUCCAGGAGCGGCAAAAUCAAGAUUCGUCAGUCGAGCAUUCUAUUGCCGUCGUACAACGAAGGUUAAAAAAAAGCUGCAAAAAGUUAUUGUUGAAGGUGACGGAGCAAUGAACCAGAACCAGGGUCAGGGUUCUCGUAUCGUUAAACUCGAAGACGUGAUGCUGAUGCUGAAGGAGAUCGUCGGGAAGGUCGAUGGGAAGAAUCCUGCCAAGGGGAACGAGAAUGCAAAGGCGUCAACAACCAUGAGAUCAAGUACGGUGCAAAAUGAGGAGCGGACCGAAGAGAAGGCUGGAGCGAAGUCCGACGACUCCGAGGAAGAGGAGGGUGAGAAGUUGCGAAUGAAUCGAGGAAGCAGUUCCUAUGGGAGUAAGCGGGAGAUAGGAGUAAUAGAAUAUAUGAGACAAAGAUUGGAUCACUACAUGGAGAUGAACGGGAGAAAAGUGAAGAGUUUGUGUCUCAAACAGAGCGUGAAGUGGGUAAGAAAAGAGAAAGGUGCUUCGGAGCUUGCCAGGCGAGACACCAAGGAAUUCACCCAAUUAGUGAAUGGAGGUGAAGGAGCAGAAGCCGAGGAUGAGGAACAUUCAGAUGCCACCCGCGACAAUCAAGAAAAUGUACAAGCCGCAUCUGACGCGAACGACUUAGAAGACAUUUCGGGAAAUUAGUCCCGAGAAAGAAGAGUCGUUAUGAUGGUCUGAAUCCAUGAGGUUGAAAAGCAGCCAAUCCGCUAUUUGGAGGAUGACUGGCUUGACAGUGGAGGAUACCGGGACAUCAACAGUGUUGGCCCUCAGCCAAACAAAAUAAUGAAUCUAACCUACCUAU